AUGGACCCUUCGAAAACAUAAAUGUUAAAGUUAUCAUAGUCUACUAAAGAGAGAGUGGAAGCUGCAAAAUAGUAUAUCGAAAAGAAAUACCAAAAGUUACUUUAUGAAUAAAAAGAGAAGAGAGAAAAAUGGGAACAAUUAAUUCAAAAGCUGACUAAUCUGAAUUAUACACCAAUCGAGCAAUAAAUUAUCAAGUAAGACUUGCUUCACAAAGAGGCUGAGAUAUUGAGAUUACAGAGACAAAAACUAAGCAUAAAAGACUUUGAACCAAUAGAAAUCAUUGGAAGAGGGGCUUUUGGUGAAGUAAGAUUGUGUAGAAAUAAAUUAUCAAAUGACAUAGUUGCAGUUAAGAAAAUGAAAAAGUCUGAAAUGCUUUAUAAAAAUUAAGUUUGUCAUGUAAGAGCAGAAAGAGAUCUAUUAGCAGCUUCAGACAAUGCUUGGAUAGUUUAAUUAAAAUGCUCAUUUUAAGAUGAAAAAUAUCUUUACUUAGUAAUGGAAUACUUGGCAGGGGGAGAUUUGAUGACCUUAUUGAUGAAGAAAGACAUUUUUACUGAAAAGGAAUCAUAAUUUUAUAUGGCUGAAUCAAUAAUGGCAGUUGAUUCGGUUCACAAAUUAAAAUACAUCCAUAGAGAUUUAAAGCCAGACAAUAUUUUAUUAUAACCAGACGGACACAUAAAAUUGAGUGACUUUGGAUUAUGCAAAUAUGUGGAAUCAAGAGGAACUAGAUUAGACGAGAGAAUUAGUGUCCACAAACCAGAGGAUAAAGGAGGAAACACAACAAAUUUCAAGAGAAAUAGAAUUAAGGCUUAUAGCACAGUCGGCACUCCUGAUUAUAUUGCACCUGAAGUGUUUGGGAAGUCUGGUUAUAGUGAGACAGCCGAUUGGUGGUCAUUAGGAGCUAUUCUAUUUGAAAUGUUAGUUGGAUAUCCACCAUUCUUUUCUGAUGAUCCCUCUUCAACCUGUUAAAAGAUUAUUAAUUGGAAAAAAACACUUGUUAUCCCACAAGAAGCCAAACUAUCUCCAGCUGCUACUGAUCUAAUAUUAAGACUUAUGACAGACGCAUAAAAUAGACUUGGAGUAAAUGGAGUUAAUGAGAUUAAAGCUCAUCCUUUCUUUGCUGGUAUAGAUUGGAAAAAUCUAAGAUCCAAGGUAUCACCUUAUAUCCCAGAGAUUAAAUCUGAAUUGGAUACUAGGAACUUUGAUAAAUUUGAAGAAUAGGAACCUUGGGUACCCUAAGACUCUGGUAAAUCAGUUAGAAAAGAUGUGAAUUUUAUAGGAUACACAUUUAACAGAGAAGUCGAAGUUCAAAGAUCUUAUCUACUUUAAGCUUUGCUGGAUCUUGAUUCUUUAUAAACACAAAAAACAGUACCCACUGAGUCAACUUAGAGUAAAUCUUAAGAAAAGAAGGAUACAUUUUUCAUGUCCAAUUUACCUAAUAGUAUUUCUUUGGAUCCAGAAUUGUAGAGCAAACUACUAAAAACCCAAAAACUAUUAUAAAAUGCUAAAUCAAAACCUCUCUUGAAUCAAAAGGAAUCGACCAAUACUUAGAAAUAAUAAUAACAAUUAAGUUUGAGUCCCACUCACUAAAACUUCAAUCAAUAAAACUAUUUGAAAUAAUUAAUCAGUCCACAAAAUAAAAAGAAUGCUAUUUCACCUUAAUCAAAACCUUUCAGCGAACAUCAAAAUCCAACCUUUGCUUAACUAUAUAAGUAAUUUGAGGUACAAAAAUAAGUAAGCAAUACUUAAAGAGCGCAACCCAAAUCGCAAAUUUAAAUGCCUAUAAAUAGUAAUAUAAAUAAAAAAUGA